AUGGCCUCAGCGGCGCAGCAGUUCGAGCACCCUAUCAUCGGAACAGUAAAGGGAAUUGCCUCGGACGGUGUUAUCCAAUUCUUGGGCGUUAAAUACGCAAGCCUAGACCACUGGUUCGACAAUGCCAAGCUUAUUCAAUACGAUGGCAAUGGUUUGAAUGCAACACGUCACGGCCCGCAAGUCGUCUCAGAUCCUGAGGGGGUCAACCGGGAACACCUGAUCAUCCAGAAAGCGAUCCCAGUGACCGAGUUCCCUGGGCUAUCAAGCACCGAAUGUCUCAAUUUGAACCUCACAGUGCCCCUUGAGGCCAAACACUCCCAACCGUUACCCGUGCUGGUCUUUAUCCAUGGCGGAGGGUUCGCUACUGGCUCGAAUUGGUGGCCACAAUAUGACAUGAAGCGUUUAGUCCAACUGGCAAGCGAACGGGAAAAGCCCAUAAUUGCCGCUGCCAUCAGCUAUCGCGUGGGUGCGCCUGGGUUUCUUACCUCCGAGGAGCUCCAAAAGGAAGGGUUCAAGAGUAACCACGGCCACCAUGACCAGAGAAUUGCUCUUAAAUGGAUCAAAGAGUAUAUUGCUGGCUUCGGUGGCGAUCCUCAGCAGGUAACGGUGGCCGGUGAAAGUGCUGGUGGCAGCUCGACGACUCGGUUACUCUACUCGAACGAGACACUGGCGACCCAAAUCAUCGUUUUGGGGGGCUGCCCUCCAAAUCUUGCGCCGCUGGGCGCGGCAGUUGCUGAGCAAUCCUAUCAUGCCGUGAUCAACGCUUUCGGACUCGAAGACCUGCCAUCGAGUGAACGCAUCAAGGCAUUGUCUGAGGUGUCCCCAAAGGACCUCCUUGCGAAGCUUGGAGGGGCCGGGCCGUUUCUACCUGUCUUGGACGGAGAUACGGUGCCCUUUACACCGACUUUCGAAACGUCCAGAGCGAAAAAGAUGAUUCCCAGCGGGACGUCUUGCCGAGCCAUGAUGAUCGGCUACGCGCCGUUAGAUGCGAGCAUUUUCGGCUUCGUGGGUCUCCUGCGCAAGAAAGAACGCAUUGCCACCAAGUUCAUCGAGUCCAUCAGCUCGUCACUAUCGCAACACCCCGAUGCGACAACGCGGAUUCUGCACGCCUACGAGAUCAGCGAGGCUGCGGGCGACGACGAAUCCCUCAUCCGUAUCCUGCAAUUCGCCUCGGAUCUUGUUUUUCGCGCCUCGGCAGAGUUGUAUGCGAAGAGCUUCCACGGCGACUCCUACUUGUUGGAAUUUGCGGAGCGCAACCCUUGGGAUGGUGUGUUCAAAGGCCACAGUACCCACGUGCUUGACGUGGCAUUCCUCUUCCAAAACUACAACGAGCACCUCGGCGAAGAGCAGAGGCAAACUGCCGAAGCAUUUGCCGCUGAUGUGAUAGACUUUGUUCAUGGUGAGGCUCCUUGGAGGCGGCUCCAAGAUACCGCCGGGCGCAUGAUCUAUGAACAUGGGACGAGAACUUACAGGGAAGACGGGGCCGGCUCCGGCAAAUAUGACCAUGUUCUUAGCCUGGGCGAAGAGAUUGGUCUGGAUUCUCUACUAAAAGCUUGGGAGACGUUUCUGUUCUCUCCAUGA